ACUGCAAGGGGAACCAAGGCCAAACCUCUAUAGCGGGAGGCUACAGCUCUAUCUAUCGAGGACAGACUACGACACGCGCGAGGACUACCGACUACGAGCCAGGACUCCUGCUACCGCGCUAGGACUCCUGCCACUCCCGACCUGCCGCGCCAGAGUGCCCCGCUACAACAAACGCGCACCAGCAACAGUGCCAUGCACUCUUUAAGGCGGGUAGAAUUGGAGCAGCCGUAGAAUCUUACCGAUCUACCAUGGACAAGAGUGAUGAGGAUAUGAAAGCCGGCUUAAGUGCUUGGUUUGCUGACUCGGAGCCUAUGUUAGUUCCAUUCCCAGACCCGGACGAUCCUAUCAUGAUCGUGUUCAUUUCAAGUUCGGCCGGCACACACAAUAACUUGAACAUGGCCAUUUUCCAAGCCGGUGUGCUGCACGCACUCCGGCCAUGGCCCGGGGGAGAAGAGUCUCCAGGAGAGUUGGGUGUUAACGAAAAGGAAGCCAAGACCCCAACGGUGGUGGUGCGCAGGGAUGGUGGCGCAUGGAAAGCCGCAGUGAGCGUUGCCUGCGGUGGCUAG